AUGAAUAAGACGUUGGAUUUUAAAGAAACUUUUAUUGAUUAUGAUGAUUAUUUUGAUGAUGAAUUAAGCUCUUCUCCUUCAAUUACGGAUGAGAAUAUUGAUUUUAAUUUUGUUUAUGCAUUACGUAGUUUUGUUGCUACUGUAGAAGGACAAGCAAAUGUUAUCAAAGGAGACAUUCUUGUUCUUUUAGAUGAUUCUAAUAGUUAUUGGUGGUUAGUUCGUUUAGAAAGAGACCAUACUGUUGGAUAUUUGCCUGCUGAGCAUAUUGAAACACCUUUAGAAAGACUUGCAAGAUUAAAUAAAUAUCGUAAUGCUGAAAUUUCUUCAUUUGUUACUGAUGAGCAAAAAAUUCUUCCUGUUUUUUCUAAAAAUAAGCAGAUUUGUAAUAAAGAUAAUAAAUUGGUGGUAUUUUCUGUACCAACUUACAUUGAGUACUUAGAAGAAUCUGAAGAUAAUAACAGAUGCAUUGAGGAUGUUCUUGGGAAAUAUGAGGAGUGUGAGAUAUACAAUUAUGAUAAUCAUGAUGAUGUUUAUGAAGACGACAAAUAUAUAGACUUUAGUCCAUAUGACAUGUAUAUGAGACAUAAUGAAACAUAUAAAAUUGGUAUUGAUUUUAUCGAAAUGAAAAGGCAUAUAAUUGAUAUUUUAGUUUUUUAUAAUGAUUUUCAAAAUGUUGUUGAUGUUUCUGAUUUAGAAGAUGUACUAAAAGCUACUGAAAAUCAUAAAGAUAAUGAAACACUGUAUGAAUUAUGUAAAAAUUGUCAUAAACAUAUGUCAAAAAGAAUGUCUAGUGAGGUUUUGAAUGCUGGUAAUAAUGAUAAAAAAGAUUCAUUGGAGUUCUUGUGUGAGAGUUGUGAUAGUUUGGAUAAUAUAGAAUUGGGUAAUAUUUAUCAGAUAUAUAGUGGUUCUAGAAUUUAUGAUAUGGAAUACAAUAACCCACUUUUUUGCGAUACAAACAUCGAUAAUUCUUUGAUUGCAUCAAAUACACAAAUUAAUAUAUUUAAUGAUUCUGAAUUUUAUAAAAUUGAAAAUAGUGCUGGUCAUAAUAUAUAUACUGAGAUCGAAGACGAUAGUGGAAUUUCACCUUUUGGUAAUAUUAAAUAUGAUAGUGUAUUGGAAACUUGUGGAAUUUAUAAUAAAGAUAUAUAUUUAUCUAAGGGUGCUCUUCGGUUGUAUUUUGAUGAGAAAAGUGACUCUGAAUUAUAUUUUUUUGUCGAUUCUGUGUUUUCUUUUAAUAAAAAUGAUAAUAACAUUUAUUCUGAGAUUCAUAACCUUUAUGUUGAUAUAGAGUUUGAGUUAGAAAAAAUAUCGCAACAAUUAGAUACAAUGCUUAUAAAAUUUAGGGGUUAA